AUGUUACAGAGUAAGUCUGAUGAUCCUUACGUGGCUCUCAUGAACUACCGCUCCACUCCUUUACAGCAAGGACAGAGCCCAGCAGAACUUCUAAUGGGUAGGAAAAUCAGGACAAGAGUGCCCAUUUUCCCAGAAAAAUUGGUCCCAAAGGGAGGAGAAAGGCAGGUGGUCAGGAAGAUUGACGCAACUUUUAGGCAGAGGCAUAAACAGGAUUACGAUCGAAGACAUUGCGCCAAGCUCAUGUCAGACUUGUCAAAAGGACAGCCAGUUUGGGUUAAAACCCCAAGGGAUGCCAAGGCUACGGUUGUAGAAAGAUCGAGAGACAGAUCAUACCUCUUGAAAACGGACAACGGCUUGAAGGUUCGUAAUCGUCACCAGACCCGGCUGAAGACGGAAGGCGACGACAGUAACCAUCUCGUGAUCCCUAGAGAGUCUUCUAUGUUGCCUCACCAUCAGCCAGAAUUACCAGCAGAGUCACUAGAGUCAGACACAACCCUUCAUGAUACUUCCACUACGUCUGACUACAUAACGAAGUCGGGACGCCAUGUCAGGCCUCCGCAGAGACUCAGACUUGUAGGCGAAGUUUCUGCUGUGUACAGUGUAUAUAAGUUUUCAGAGUUAUAG